UAGGUUACGGGCGGAGGGGCGGGACAGGAAGUUUCCGUGUUUUGAGGCACCGGCGGAUCCUUGCUGGAGUCUUUGCGGUGUCUGGCUGGUUGUGUGGGUUCUGCGCUCCGGGCUGGCCAUGGGGGAGGCGGAGAAGUUCCACUACAUCUACAGCUGUGACCUGGACAUCAACGUGCAGCUGAAGAUAGGAAGCUUGGAAGGGAAGAGAGAAGAAAAGAGCUACAAAGCUGUCCUGGAAGACCCAAUGCUAAAGUUCUCCGGGCUGUACCAAGAGACAUGCUCCGACCUCUAUGUGACUUGUCAAGUUUUUGCUGAAGGGAAGCCUCUGGCCUUACCCGUCAGAACAUCCUACAAGGCAUUUAGUACAAGAUGGAAUUGGAAUGAAUGGCUAAAACUCCCUGUGAAAUACCCUGACCUGCCCAGGAAUGCCCAAGUAGCCUUGACUAUAUGGGAUGUGUAUGGACCAGGAAAGGCUGUGCCAGUAGGAGGAACAACUGUGUCGCUCUUUGGAAAAUAUGGCAUGUUUCGCCAAGGAAUGCAUGACUUGAAAGUCUGGCCUAACGUGGAGGCAGAUGGCUCCGAACCCACAAGAACUCCUGGCAGAACAAGCAGCACACUCUCAGAAGAUCAGAUGAGCCGCCUUGCCAAGCUUACUAAGGCUCAUCGGCAAGGACACAUGGUCAAAGUGGAUUGGUUGGACAGAUUAACAUUUAGAGAGAUAGAAAUGAUAAAUGAGAGUGAGAAACGAAGCUCUAAUUUCAUGUACUUGAUGGUUGAGUUUCGCUGUGUCAAGUGUGACGAUAAGGAGUAUGGUAUUGUUUACUAUGAAAAGGAUGGUGAUGAAUCGUCUCCAAUUUUAACAAGUUUUGAGUUAGUGAAAGUUCCUGAUCCUCAAAUGUCUAUGGAGAAUUUAGUGGAGAGCAAACACCACAAGCUUGCUCGGAGUUUAAGAAGUGGACCAUCUGACCACGAUCUCAAACCCAAUGCUGCCACAAGAGAUCAGCUAAAUAUUAUCGUGAGUUAUCCUCCAACCAAGCAGCUCACGUAUGAAGAACAAGAUCUUGUUUGGAAAUUUAGAUAUUAUCUUACUAAUCAAGAAAAAGCUUUGACAAAGUUCUUGAAGUGUGUUAAUUGGGACCUACCCCAGGAGGCCAAGCAGGCACUGGAACUUCUGGGAAAGUGGAAGCCUAUGGAUGUAGAGGAUUCCUUGGAGCUGCUCUCCUCACAUUACACCAACCCAACAGUGAGGCGUUAUGCUGUGGCCCGCUUGCGGCAGGCCGAUGAUGAGGACUUGCUGAUGUACUUACUGCAGCUGGUCCAGGCUCUGAAAUAUGAGAACUUCGAUGACAUAAAGAACGGUUUGGAACCUACCAAGAAGGACAGUCAAGGUUCGGGAUCAGAAAAUCUGUCCAAUUCUGGAAUCAGUUCUGCAGAAAUAGAUAGCUCCCAAAUUCUAACCAACCCUCUUCCUCCGGUGUCAUCUCCUCCUCCUGCAUCUAAAGCAAAAGAAGUUUCAGAUGGGGAAAAUCUAGAGCAAGAUCUAUGUACCUUCUUGAUAUCAAGAGCCUGUAAGAACUCAACACUGGCUAAUUAUUUAUACUGGUAUGUGAUCGUGGAGUGUGAAGAUCAGGACACGCAGCAGAGAGAUCCAAAGACUCAUGAGAUGUACCUGAAUGUCAUGAGGAGAUUCAGCCAAGCCUUGCUGAAGGGUGACAAGUCCGUCAGAGUCAUGCGCUCCCUCCUGGCAGCUCAGCAGACCUUUGUAGACCGCCUGGUGCAUCUGAUGAAGGCAGUCCAGAGGGAAAGUGGAAACCGCAAGAAAAAGAAUGAGAGGCUUCAAGCAUUGCUUGGAGAUAAUGAAAAAAUGAAUUUGUCAGAUGUGGAGCUGAUCCCAUUGCCGUUAGAGCCACAGGUGAAAAUAAGAGGAAUCAUACCAGAGACAGCCACACUGUUUAAGAGUGCUCUUAUGCCUGCGCAGCUGUUCUUUAAGACAGAGGACGGAGGCAAAUACCCAGUUAUUUUCAAGCAUGGCGAUGACCUGCGUCAAGAUCAGCUGAUUCUUCAGAUCAUCUCCCUUAUGGACAAGCUGCUACGGAAAGAAAAUCUGGAUCUGAAAUUGACACCUUACAAGGUGUUGGCCACUAGUACAAAACACGGCUUCAUGCAGUUCAUCCAGUCAGUUCCUGUUGCCGAAGUUCUUGACACGGAGGGAAGCAUACAGAACUUUUUCAGGAAAUACGCUCCAAGCGAGACUGGACCCAAUGGUAUCAGCGCAGAGGUCAUGGACACUUACGUCAAAAGCUGUGCUGGCUACUGUGUGAUUACGUACAUUCUUGGAGUUGGAGACCGGCACCUGGAUAACCUUCUGUUGACAAAAACAGGCAAACUCUUCCACAUAGAUUUUGGGUAUAUCUUGGGCCGAGAUCCAAAGCCUCUUCCUCCUCCCAUGAAGCUGAAUAAAGAGAUGGUGGAAGGAAUGGGUGGCACGCAGAGUGAGCAGUACCAGGAGUUCCGCAAGCAGUGUUACACAGCCUUCCUCCACCUGCGAAGGUAUUCAAAUCUGAUUUUGAACUUGUUCUCCUUAAUGGUUGAUGCAAACAUUCCAGAUAUUGCUCUUGAACCAGAUAAAACUGUAAAAAAGGUGCAGGAUAAGUUCCGUUUGGACCUGUCGGAUGAGGAAGCUGUGCACUACAUGCAGAGUCUGAUUGACGAAAGUGUCCAUGCACUGUUUGCUGCGGUGGUGGAGCAGAUCCAUAAGUUUGCCCAGUACUGGAGAAAAUGAAGGUGGAUUUGGCCCAUCACGAUGCCUGGCUCAGUACGAAAACACAUGAGAAGCCACUGCUGUGUAUGCUAAAGACAUCGGAGAAGUGAACAAGGAGGAGACGUGUCCGGAAGUUACAUUGUCUUCUUGGACGCCACUGUUAAAUCUUGGAUAGAGGGUUUGUUUAAAGCUACUGUGUAUCA